GGAGCCUCUGGCUGCCCCUCACAAGCCUCUCCCGCCUAUCUCCCUCCAGCACGAUGGCUUCGGCACUGAGCUUUGUCUACAAGUUCAAGUCCUUCGUGAUCUUGUUCGUCACCCCAAUACUGCUGCUGCCACUCAUCAUUCUGAUGCCCGCCAAGUUUGUCAGGUGUGCCUACGUCAUCAUCCUCAUGGCCAUUUACUGGUGCACAGAAGUCAUCCCUCUGGCAGUCACCGCCCUCAUGCCUGUCCUGCUUUUCCCACUUCUCAAGAUUCUGGACUCCAGGCAGGUGUGUAUCCAGUACAUGAAGGACACUAAUAUGCUGUUCCUGGGUGGCCUCAUCGUGGCUGUGGCUGUGGAGCGCUGGAACCUGCACAAGAGGAUCGCCCUGCGCACUCUCCUCUGGGUGGGGGCCAAGCCUGCACAGCUGAUGCUGGGCUUCAUGGGCAUCACGGCCUUCCUCUCCAUGUGGAUCAGCAACACGGCCACCACGGCCAUGAUGGUGCCCAUCGUGGAGGCCGUGCUGCAGCAGAUGGAAGCCACGGGCGCCACCGCCGAGGCCGGCCUGGGCGCCCUGGAGCUGGUGGACAAGGGCAAGACCUGCGAGCUGCCAGGGAGCCAAGCGCUGUCUGAAGGCCCAGUGAUGGGGCCGCGGGAGAACCGUGGCAGGAAGAGCAUGUGCAAGGCCAUGACCCUGUGUGUGUGCUACGCAGCCAGCAUCGGAGGCACUGCCACCCUGACUGGGACAGGACCCAACGUGGUGCUCCUGGGCCAGAUGCAUGAGUUGUUUCCUGGCAGCAAGGACACCGUGAACUUCGCUUCUUGGUUUGGAUUCGCCUUCCCCACCAUGCUGAUCAUGCUGGUGCUCACCUGGCUGUGGCUUCAGUACAUCUAUAUGGGAUUCAAUUUUAAGUCCUGGGGCUGCGGGCCCGAGACAAGGAGUAAGGACGAGGCUGCCUACGAGGUGCUGUGCGAGGAGUACAGGAAGCUGGGGCCCUUCUCCUUCGCCGAGGUCAACGUCCUGGUCUGCUUCUUCCUGCUGGUCGGCCUGUGGUUCUCCCGGGACCCCGGCUUCAUGCCUGGCUGGCUGUCGGUCGCCUGGGCAGAGGGCGAGACAAAGUACGCCUCGGACGCCACUGUGGCCAUCUUGGUGGCCAUGUUGCUCUUCAUUCUGCCUUCGCAGAAGCCCAAGUUCAACUUCUGCAGCCAGACCGAGGAAGAAAGGAAAGCUCCGUUUUACCCCCCUGCACUGCUGGAUUGGAAGGUGACCCAGGAGAAAGUUCCCUGGGGCCUCGUGCUGCUGCUGGGGGGCGGAUUUGCUCUGGCUAAAGGAUGCGAGGUCUCAGGGCUGUCCGAGUGGAUGGGGAAGCAGAUGGAGCCCUUGCACGCCGUGCCUCCUGCAGCCAUCACCUUGAUCUUGUCCUCGACCACUGCUGUACUCACUGAGUGCACAAGCAACGUGGCCACCACCACCCUGUUCCUGCCCAUCUUUGCCUCUAUGUCACGCUCCAUCAGCCUCAACCCGCUGUACGUCAUGCUCCCCUGUACCCUGAGCGCGUCCUUUGCCUUCAUGCUGCCCGUGGCCACCCCACCUAACGCCAUCGUGUUUGCCUACGGACACCUCAAGGUUUCUGACAUGAUGAAAACAGGACUAAUGAUGAACAUAAUUGGAGUCUUCUGUGUAUUUCUGGCGGUGAACACCUGGGGACGGGUCAUAUUUGACCUGGAUAGUUUCCCUGACUGGGCUAAUGUGACACAUGUCGAGACUUAGGAAGAGUCACAAGACGGUAACACAGGCCCUGCCCUCCUGAGCCUUCCGGCACCAGCAGGCCUUCCAGCUGAGCUUUGGGUUUCACACCCCAAAGACCCCAUGAUGCCCACACCCCACAGGGUCACAGCCAGGGUGGGGUGGCUGGAGGGCCUGUUCAGAUGUGAAGGGAGCCUGCCGGGAGGCAGCCAGCACCGUCUUUCCUGGGGCCUGCUGUCAUCUCUGGGACAGGCAGGCUGCACAGGGGCCAGGACGCCGGCUCCUGCCCCAACGCAGCCUCGUGCUGGGCUCUGAUGUCCACUUGCUUGGUCCCGGAGUCCUCUAAAUGGGAAUCAGAUCCCAGCUUGAGAGGUAAAAACACUACCUUCCAGAGCCCAUGCCUUUUGCUGCUGACUUUGGGCUGCCUCAGGUCACUCCUGUCACUUGGAAGGGACAACUCAGCCCAGGGACAGAACGUCUGGUCCUGGGAAGCUUCCUGCUGCUGGAGCGAGAGUGGGAAGCAGAGCUUCCUGGAACCACCGGCAGUGCAGUGCCACCAGCAAAGGAUGCGGAAUCUGAGUUGAUGACUUCCAGACGACGUCAGCCACGGUACGCCACUGGUGAACCAGCUACCCUCCGUUCCUCAUUCCAUCUUACCUGACGAAUGGACCCCCUUCCCCAGCUUCCCACUGUACCGCCUUCAACUCCUGGGCCCCUUGCUUUCUGGGCCCACAUACACUGGGCUGGGGCCCUCCUGCACCCCCUUUUCUUCCAGGCAGUCUCAGCUUGGCUCUUCUGGGAGAUGCUCUUCCUGCCACCCACACAGCUGGGAUCACAUUCCAAGUACAGGCAGUGACAGCGCUUUUGGGGUCACAGUCAGUGUCUAGGUCCUCCCUCACCUGCAGGCCCAGAGUGGAUGCAGCUGUUAAUUGCCAAGAGCAGGGUCCCUUCAGAGUUGGUCUGUCCUGCCAGGGUCUGAGCGCCCCUGGGGGGAGCCUUGACUUUGCUGACUGGCCUUCGUGGCCAUGCCUGGUGGUGACAGAGCGUCAGGGAGAAUGAGCAGUACUUGGUGGUCCCUGAGCAGACGGCCCCUGACUAUGAGUGGAUCCACCUGCAGUUGCUGGAGCAAAGACCCCGAAUGGCCGUGGGAACCCUCAGAACCCUUGUGAGGGGACGUGAGCAACACCCACCCUCUUCCCCAGCAGCCCCGUUUUCUUUCCUCCUGCCGCUGCUCAGGAAGGGAGGCGGGAGCAGACACACGAGGUCCAAUGACGGCCCUUUUCAGGGCAGGAGAAAGUAUGGGAACCCAAGGAAACCCCCUCAGGGACCGAGCAUGUACCUCGACCACCCCAUCUGCUUCCCGGGGAAAGGUGCGCUGUGCUGUCUCUGGUGCUCUGCUGUGUGCAGGGGGCCAGGCAGGCGGAUGAACAGGCAGCCGCUGCCCACCUCCCACCUGCCAGGCCUCCCUAUAGCUGGUGCAUCUGCCACUUUGCUCAUUUGACAUUUGCAGCAGCCCUGUGGCAGCGGUAGGUAUUAGUAUCCUUGUUUGUCUUCUAAGAAGACAAACAAGGGCUGUGCUCAGAGAAACCACGCAAGCCAUGUGUCUCGUCACACAUCGAGGUAGUGGCACUUGGAUCUUCAGCCUCCACGUCCACUGCUCCUUCCUCUAGUCAUUGAGGGCCCUGGCCUUACAAGGCCUGCAGGGAAAAGUGGGUGGCCAAGAGCAAGUCCACUCCAAGGCCCUGCCUGCUCAGGGAAGAUCAUCGAACAAGAGCCCCUUUCUGCUGCAGCCUCUGGAGAUGGGCUCAGGACAGUGUUGAAACAGACAGGGCUGAGUGCUGCCUGAAGAAACAAAGCAUCUGUUUGGAGAGAACAGCAUGAAAGUGGCUACCUGCUCCCCCACUGAGCUGAGACUGAUCCACCCCCUAUUGUCGCUCUCUGUUCCUCCACCGUGGGCUUGUCCGCCAGCCAGUCUGUGGGCUCCCCAAGGACCUACCCUGCCCGCUGGGUCCAGUGCCAGCACCGUGACUGACUCUGAGCAGGCCACCACAAGUGUGACUGGUAAAUAAACAAGUAAUCAGUGUGGUCAGUGAGAUGCAUGCAUUCUGGUAGUGGGCAGCGUCAGGGAAGGCCAUCCAAGGUGGGCAUUGAAAGAUGAGUGGGACUGGCUGGGCUGAUGAGGGGGGAUGCGGUGCGGUGGGUGGAGGACUCUACUGGACUCCAUCUGCUUGACGGUUGACAAGAAAGCUGGGUGGGGGCUUGAGGAAGCUGAUCAAAGGCUGUUUCUAUACAGCAUCUCUUGAAGUUGGCUGGAGUUGCUAACAGUUUUGGCCAGUGCCAAUCAGGAUUGCUCUGGGCUUCAAGUAAGAGAGAGAAAAAAAAAAAAACAAACCCAGGUGAUAGUAGCUUAUACCCUAAGGGCACUUAAUGUCUGCUUAAUAAGAAGUCCGGAGGUAGAGCGCUGCUGAUACUGGUCCAGCAGCUCACUCAGGCCACCAAGGACUCAGGCUCCACCAUCCACUCUGCCAUCCUAAGGGCAUCUGGCCUUUCUUUACUCCAUGCCUGACCCUCAUGCUACAAACAUCUGUAUUGAAGGCAGGAAGAAAGAGAUGUGGGAUGAGGGCCUGGCAGUGCCUGCUUCAUCUUUCCUUUUUCUUAGGAAAGCAAAAACUUUCCCAGAAGCCCCCACUGACCUCCCUUUAUGUCUUAUUGGCCAGAAUGAGGUCAUAUGGUCAUCCUUAGGCCAAUCAUUGACAAUGGGUACUUGGAAUCCUACUGGAAUACCAUGAGACCGAUUAGGACCCAUCUCUUGGGCUUGGGGAGCUGGCCUGUGCUUCCUGAAAUGAUGAAGUUUCCACCCACUACAAAAUCUGGGUUCCGGCAGGAAAAAAGCAGGGAGCUCUUGGGUAGGUGAUGAGCAAGAUCUGGUUUUAUGUGUCUUUCAGAGGGCUGCCCUCAUUGCAGCCCUGCCUGAGUGACUGCCUCUCCACGGAAUUCGGUAGAAACAUAUUCCUAGGAGGGAAGAGAGUAUGCGGUUGUCUGGUCAAGGGCUUCAGCUCUACUUCCAGUUCCCCAAGGCCAGGACUCCAGGAGACCCACUGGACGGGGAGGCUAGAGUGAGAGUCCUGACUGAGCUCAGCCCUGACAUCUGACACAGAGUCCACUCUCUAGGCCUCAGUUUCUCCCAGGGAGGGGCCAGACUAGAGGAUCUGUAAGGGCCUGUCACCCUCUACCCCCCACCUGAUCCUCAUCUGCUCAGGACAAAUGCAGUCCUGCCCCCAGUCCCAACAGUGUCUCGCGCUUGGAGUCUAUCACACAGCCCACUCCCCGUGCCCAUCUGAGUCUUAGCCAUUUGCUGAAAGCCCUUUCAGACCUUCUCCUCAUCCAUAUUUUGCCUCUUACAUUUCGUAAAGGGGUUCUACCCAAGACCCUUCAGUUCUCUCUAAGGCAUCUGGAUCAGACUUUUGGACUGCUUUCAACUGUUUUGCCAGGAGUUUACAAGGAUUCUAUACAUUCCAAAGGUUAGGACCCCAGGGUUCCUUACCCUCUGAUACUACAGUCGGGCUCAUUUCCUGUCCCUCUGGCAGGCCCAGGGCGCAGGGCAUCCCCUGGGACGUGUGAAGUUCUCUCUCCUAUCACCGGUAGAACAAGGAGAGUGGACAGUGAGGCCUUUGCUCUGGGACCCGAGCAGGGAAUUGCGACUGUAGCACAGAGUGCAGCUCUCAGAAUCAGUACGGACAUUCUUGGGUAAGGCCCUCAAUGGCAUAUUCUUGUUUGUGGGAAAAAAGACCAAACGCUGAUUGAUUAAAGACUAUACCUUGCAGUCAGUCCUAUUCUUAACUCAGAACUCUUUCCUCCAGCACUCUCCCCGCCAGUCCCUCUGCCUCUUACAAGCUUUGUCUCCCAACCCACUAAAGCAACUUCUUUUCGUAUUAAAAAAAAAUUGCGUCAAGAUGAAUCUUAAAUAGGGUGUGAUUUUGCACUC